GUCUUGUGGGCUAAAAGAUGGGUCAAACUGGCAAUGGCAUUAGCGAACAUGGGAACUCAGAAGUUCAACCAUACAAGGUGCACAAGACUUUGGAAUCACCCAAGGUUACCAUGAAGCACACAAGGAGCUGGGACGGUUUUUGGAACACCGGUCCUUCUAAAGAAUAGCCUCCAGUUCUUUGAUGGAUGAAGGACAUGCAACUCUUUACCCACUGUACUACAGAACUUGCCAUAAACAUUCAGCAAUUUUCAAAUCCUGGUAUUUGUCUUUAAAACCAACUCAACUUUUACAGCACAAUGUAUUCAGGUAUAAUUGUAAUGUAAGAAUAUCAUGGUUUGGACCACAGGGACCACUUGGUUCUACAAAAUUCUCUCAUAUUUCUUGACCAAUAAAUGGUCAAGACCUAAUUAAAGACCUAAUGACUCUCACAUUGACUGCCUGUGCCAUUAUGGAUCCACCACCAGUUAAACAGCUGGCAAAGGUGUCAAAGGAAUUGAAUUCAUUGUUCGUGUAAUUAUCUUAGGCUUUAUCCAGACACAUCCCCACUGCUUUGAUAGGAAGAGUUAAUCGCUUCUGUAAAACCACCAAGUCAACAACUUGAGCAGAAACCGCAGCGGAUGUGGGAAUUGGCAGUAACCAGGCAGGUUCCGGUUGAGAAAUGCAGGUUCCUCACAGCUGUAAAUCUGCCCAAUCCCAUUGUCAUGAUGAUUAGAAGGAGGGACAGAGACCAGAGAGAGUUCUAUCCCACUGAUUAUAAAAGGUAGAGGUGCCCCCCAACCUGAGUAUUUGCACUGCAAGAAGAACCAUGAGUGGUUGGGUGCAGAGCUUUCUCCUCUUGGUGGCCACCAUCCUUUCCUCUGCAGAGGAGACCUGCCCAGACGUGAAAGUGAUUGGAGUGGGGGCUUCAGACAAGCUGAACAUUCUGCGAGGAUGUCCUGGGACCCCUGGUAUACAGGGACCACAAGGGCCUGCUGGUCCUGCAGGAGCUAAAGGUGACAAAGGAGAUCCAGGUGUGCCAGCUCCAGGGACUGCACAGAACUGUAAGGAAUGGUUGGAUCAGGGAGGUACAAUCAGCGGUUGGUACACUAUUUACACCCCCUAUGGGCUCCCUCUCUCUGUGCUCUGUGAUAUGGAAACCGAUGGAGGAGGAUGGAUAGUGUUUCAGAGACGAGCAGACGGCUCGGUGGAUUUUUAUCGAGACUGGAAUUCAUACAAGAGAGGGUUCGGGCGCAAAGAGAGUGAAUUUUGGUUGGGGAACGAUAAUCUCCAUCUCCUCACAGCAACAGGGAAUUUCCAGCUCCGGGUGGACCUGACGGAUUUCAGUGAGCAGCGCACUUACGCCGCAUACAGCAACUUCCGUAUCGCCGGGGAGGCCCAGAACUACACCCUGAGUCUGGGGGGUUUCACGGGAGGAGACGCAGGUGACUCCCUAUCUGGGCACAAGAACUUUGCCUUCAGCACUAAAGACAGAGACAACAAAGGCAGCUGUGCCCAGAGGUUCAAAGGAGGCUGGUGGUAUGAAGCCUGCCAUUAUUCCAACCUGAACGGACUCUAUCUGCGUGGAGAUCACACCAGCUAUGCCAAUGGAGUUAACUGGAGCGCAGGCAAGGGUUACUAUUACUCCUACAAGGUGUCGGAAAUGAAGAUUCGACCCCAGCCUCAAGACUAGGACAGGCAGCAGCCACUGGGCGGGACUGGCCCAAUAUUAUUGCACCUGCUUCUGGGGAGGUAUUGGAAAAUAAAUCUGUUGAGGGGGUCUCCUGCUUUAUUCAUGCUGCACAUCAUUAUGUUUUUCAUUUACUCACUGCACUCUUCCACUCGCCAAAAGAGUUUUACUUAUGAUAACUUCAUAUAGGAGGGGGUUGGCCAGAUGACUAGAUUGUCCUCCCCACCUCUUUUUUUUAACUGCUUUCUCCGUUUAUUUCCCAAUAUAAUAAAUCACAAAUCAAACACA